UUGAACGAGGUAGCAGCAGUGCCUGAAAACACACUUCAUAUUUUCCUUCAUGUACAUUCCUCUCAUCGCCUUCAGGCUUCUUCAGCAAACUAACAGCUGCAGAGGAACUGAUUUGAGAGCGCAGUGCUUUUAUGUUUAAGGUGCUUGAAAGACAUAGCCUCUGGUGUCACCGGAGCAAAAUCUUGAUCUGCUGUUUCCCUGAGCACCAGUGGGUACCCAAAGAGAUCUGCAGCCAGGGCUUGGACUCAAUACAAAUCGGGCGAUGGAUGUGCUUUGAAAGUGUGACAGUGUGUUGAUGGGAGGUUGAGCACAGGGAUGUGAGCGGACCAGUAAAGAUGACCCUGCUGGCGGGUGAUGGCUCUGACUAUGACUAUAGUGCCCUGAGCUGUGCCUCCGAUAACUCCCUCAACCCUCCCCUCCCACAAGAGAAGGAGGCUCACAAGGGAGCCUUCUAUAAAAGGGCGCAGCCUGCCCCUGAGCUCAGCACCAUCCACGAUAACACACUCUUGUCCAGUGCCCGUAAACUCCAUGCCAUUAUCAACGUGGGUGGCCUGCGUUACCAGCUGCCUUGGACCACCUUAGAGGACUUCCCCUUGUCACGUCUGGGCCAGCUGCACCUCUGCAGCAGCUUCGAUGAGAUUAUGUGCAUCUGUGAUGACUAUGAUGUCACACACAACGAGUUCUUCUUUGACCGCAGCCCCUGUGCCUUCCGUAACAUCCUGACCUUUCUGCGGGCGGGCAAACUGCGGUCCCUUAGGGAGAUGUGCGCCCUCUCCUUCAGAGAGGAGCUGCUGUACUGGGGGGUUCCAGAGGAGAGCCUGGAGUGGUGCUGUCGCAGGCGUCUGCUGCAGCGCAUGGAGGAGUUUGAAGCCAUGGAGAGAGCAGAGGAGGAGGAAGAACUCCUGGAGGAUCUGCUGGAUUCAGACAGUGGCCACGGGGGACGCGCGGCUGACUCUAGACUCAGUCGGUGCAUGGCUAAGCUGAGGGACAUGGUGGAGAGGCCUCACUCUGGCCUCCCAGGGAAGAUCUUUGCUUGUUUGUCCGUGCUGUUUGUCACCAUCACUGCCAUCAACUUAUCCAUCAGCACCAUGCCGGCCAUGAGGGAGGAGGAGGAGUUGGGGACCUGUUCCCAGAUGUGCUAUAAUAUCUUCAUCGUGGAGACUGUGUGUGUAGCCUGGUUCUCCCUGGAGUUCACCCUGCGCUUCAUCCAAGAUCGCAGCAAGCUGACUUUCCUCAGACAGCCCCUGAACCUGAUUGAUGUGGUAGCAAUCCUGCCGUACUACAUCACACUAGUGGUGGACAGCACUUCCAAAGGAGAGAAGAGGCUGGGCUCAGGCAACACCUACUUGGACAAAGUGGGCUUGGUGCUGCGUGUGCUGAGGGCCCUGCGUAUCCUCUACGUGAUGCGGUUAGCUCGCCAUUCCCUGGGCCUGCAAACUCUAGGCCUGACAGCACGCCGCUGCACACGGGAGUUUGGACUGCUACUCCUUUUCCUGUGUGUGGCGAUCGCACUAUACUCCCCCCUGCUGUACUUGAUUGAGAAUGAAAUGGCCACCACACAGGAAUUCACAAGCAUCCCUGCUACCUACUGGUGGGCUGUCAUCACCAUGACAACAGUGGGCUAUGGGGAUAUGGUGCCAAGGAGCAUCCCGGGUCAGGUGGUUGCUCUGAGCAGCAUCCUAAGUGGCAUCCUCCUCAUGGCCUUUCCCGUCACCUCCAUCUUCCACACAUUCUCACGCUCCUACGUGGAGCUGAAGCAGGAGCAGCAGAGGCUCCUGCAGAGGAGGACACACUUUCUACUGCGGAGCCGCAUGGCCGAGCUAGGCAGCAACCUGUCCUUAGAGAGCGACAUGCUCUUUCCUAUAGGGUCGUCUGACACGAGAGAAAUGGAUGACUGAGACUGCAGGACAACUGAGGACAUGAGAGAGUGGGUCUAGAAUAGAAACCAAGGAUGAAGGAGGUAAUGCAUGGGAUUGAAUGUGUAACCAAGACAGGAAGAGGGGCUGACAUUUGAUGGAUUGGCUGGUUGAAAGGGGCGUCAAAAAGUGAGACACAGAAGAGACAGAGAUUAUUUUUUCUUCCCAAAAAUGCAGCUUGAUUUGUAGCAGUGUACACUUAAAGAAAAUGAUGAAGAGAUGAGAGAGAAAAUAAGAUCAGCAAAAAAGGAUCUCUUUAUUAAACGCAUAUAAGAGCAAACAUAAGUCCAGCUGACAAAAAAGAUAAAAUACGCAUAAACCUCGAGCUUACCAGUGACCUGUAGUGUUAAAACAGUCAUAUUCUAAAACAUGUGUUUAUGAACAGAAGACACGCCUGAAGAGCACAGUCACAGCUUCACAUCAUUCAACAACAUUGUGAUGUUUUUUUUAAUCUCUGGUUUCAGUGGAUUUGGUGAUGUUGUGUGCUCUCGGGACAGUGCCAGUUAACUGAAGAUGCUGUUUGCUUUUGUUAAGUCCCAAAGAUAUAAAUUCCUUCCCAACUAAAAUGUGACCCUUGAUCAACUCAUUAUUUUCUAACUGCUUUGAAAACAUUGAAACUUAUGUUGGGGUUCCUUAAUAAUACUGUGGCACAGCCAGCAUCUACACAUUACUUAUGAUGUCCUAACUGUCCUUCUUCUACACUUUGGGGUUCAUAUGCAAUUUUUGAACACGUUCUGGAAACAGCAUUAUUGUGCUUGUAAU